AUGCGGGUAUGGAGGAUCAGCGAUGGGUCACUUGCUGCGGGUCCAUUUAUCGGGCAUACUGAAUCAAUUUGGUCAGUUACUUACUUACCUGAUGGUACUCGGGUGAUCUCUGGCUCUAAUGAUAAGACCGUGCGAGUAUGGAAUGUGAGGGGGGGCGAAGCGCUACCUGUAUUCUCAGAAGACACCCUUCUCAAAAUUACAUCACUCGGUUUCUCGUCUGGUGGUAUUCAUGUACUGGCAGGCUCGGACAAUAGUGGCAUGCAAGUGUGGGGUGUCUCGGAUGGCACUCCCCAGCCAGUGUCAUCCAACAUGCAGCUUUCUAGCCGAAUGACCUGUGCUACAUCUCCGGGUGGCCUUUACACCGCUCAAACCAACAAGUAUAAGAAAUUAUCCCAAAUCGUGCGGACGGAAGAUGGGUCUGUAGCUGCUGGGCCGUUCAAUCGCCCCCUCGGGUUUGGCAAUUUUCUGACGACAGUGCCCACAUCAUUGGAUGACUGGGUUGACCUGAUUGCACAAUGGCUGGAUCUCUCACUUCUCGCUUCGGUUAAUGAUAAUGACUUCGACAGUAGCCGUAGCCUACGAAUCUGGAACCCUUAUGCGCCUAUUUUAGAUUUUCAAUUCCCUGCCCACUCUACUCUUUCCUCAGCGCCAGGUCAGACUCUUCCAGAUGUGUACAACCAAUGUCACAUCAACCGAGAUGGGUGGUCGGUCAACGGGCGCAAUGAUCUAUUGUUCUGGCUUCCGUCGGAGAUUGCUGAUGCAGGACUAUCCCCGUUUGUAUCGGUCAUUAUCACAAGGUCAGGGACACUACAGGUGCCGAAGCAGACAUUAGCGGUCGGACAGGAAUGGGGCAAAUGCUAUGUACAGGGCUGA